AUAGCCGAUAACGAUGGUGAUGAUUUGCUGUGCCAUUCCUUCUGCACCACCAAGCCAAUCGAGCAAGAGUCUUUUACGGAGCAAGAUUUGAGAACACAUCUGGCAUCACUCAAUAGCACCAACUGGGCUGUGGAAGAAAUCCUACAGGUUCGGCAUGGGGAUGAGUAUAUUAAUGCCCCACAACAAUCUUUGGAACCAUGGGAAGAAAGAGGUGACGACACAUACAAGAAUGCCACAUACGAGGUAUACGAGAUACCCGGGAGUGGUGAUCAGAAGUGCAUGCCCGAGCCCAAACACAAAGAGAACGGAGACGACCCUCAACAAGUCCUCAGCAUCAAUAGCGUCUGGGAUACUCUUAAAGAGGUGAACAUGAAUGGGAAGGCGGUCGGAAGAAUAACUAUUCUUCAAGAGGUCCCCCCUCUCGUACUCGGAGCAGUCCAUAUGACCAUGCGGAAACACUUCGAUAUGGACGAGCUAUUCCAACACCUCAUUUCCAGUGAAGGAAAUAACGGGAAGACCAAAGCUUAUAUGGAUCGAACUACCGAAUCCAACCCUCUAAGGCACCGGACAUUCUUCUUCGUCUUCAAGUACUAUACUGUUGUAAAUGAGAAUAAGUGCACCCCUGCACCGUGGCAACGUUAUGAUAGACGUCCGGCUGACCGAAAAUGGCCCGACCAUGUCGACAUCGCAGAGUGCAGCUCAAUCUUGGCAUUAUCACUGGGCGGUGAUCCAAUCAAAAAGUACCGGGCACGGGUGAAGAAACGAGAUAUCAAGGACCAUGUUAUUUUUGACACUUCGGCACCAUGGCAACUUCUCAGUAUCCAGUGCUUCCCAGAUGACGAGCACACGAUGAGGAGCGAGGGGUCAAAACGGCCGUUAUGCAAUGGCCCACUUGCAUUUCUGGAUAGUUUGGCUCUUGAGUACCAUGAUGCCGUUACAAGAUACAGCCAGAUCAACGACGAGGUGACAAAGCUCAUCACACCGCCGAGCCAAUUCAUGUUCAACUCUGAGCUUCGGGACGGCCUCCUGUUUGAAGACGAAAACUUUUCGUAUUCUUCUGAUUCCCCACUCUCCCCUCUUAUCAUACAAAGUGCCGAGUGUUCGUCAUCCCCAGCCUCCGUUGUAUUCACUACCAUAUAUAUACCUACACUCCCUUGCCCGCUUUUCUCUUUAUCCAACCUGUACCUUGCACCCUAUCUGUGA